GCCUGUUCUUCAUCCGUCUAGUUACAGUGAAGACCCGUUCAUAAUCGUUCAUAGGUCAAGAGUCCAAACUCCAACACCAUCAUAAAUCACGGUAACCUUUGUUUUUGCACCUCCAAGCCGACAAAAUCACUCGCAAGACUUGCUUCAAGAUCGGCCCAACAACACUUGCGGCUCCAGUGAUUGGGAUCGGGGUCGGAAAACCGCACCGCUUUAAAAGCGUCGCGGACUCCUCAAACGAGUCAUGGUUUCGUUGAACAGCAGCGCCGAUUUGUGCCGUGUGAAAGAUGCUGUGCCAGGUGAUGUGGAUGAAUCUGCUUUCUCAGAUGUCAGUGAGGCUGAUGACCCGGCGUAUGUCUGGGUCAACGAGCGCCCACGCUUCGGACCCGCGAGGGAAGCCCAGAAAGCGGCUUACAAGGAGAAGAAGCGCCUUGAGGAGCUCGAAAGGCAGAAGCGGAUUGAAGAGGCCAUCCGCCGCCGAGAAGAAGAAGAACAGCGUCGCUUGGAGCGUGGUGAGGUCGAGUCCGAGUCCGGGCUCAGCGACAGCGAAGACGAGGAGGUGCUUGACACGGCCAGUGUGGACACGGAAACCACGUGUACUCCCACCAGCUCCCAGAGCGCAGCGACAACGUUGAAGGUGCCAGAGAAGGAGGCCACCCUUGCCAGCACCGGUGCUGUGGCCAAGACCUUGCUCCACGAGCUCAAAGGCCUGGCCAGCGCCGAGAGCCUCGCGGUCCUCGCGCGGGGCUCCGCCUUGUCAGCCGUGAGGUCCUUGAAAAACUGAGACCACCACGGACAUCUUGUGCACGCGCAGUACACAGUGCGCGUGCAGGACGACAGGACGAUGGAGGAACGGCUGAUGGGCGGUUUUCUUGGCACUUUGAGGCCGGAGCGACAUCUCAAGGAGUCCCAGAAGGUUGAUGAGC